AUAAAAUUCCCCAUUCUUCCUUUACCACCAAGCUCCUGAUAACCUCUUUCCUACUUUUCGUCUCUAUGAAUUUGCCUGUUUUAGGAACCUCAUGUAUUGAAUCAUACAGUAUUUGUCCUUUUAUGUUUUGCUUCUUUAUGGCUGAUUGAUACUCCAUUGUAUAUGCAUGCAUAUAUAUAUACAUCACAUUUUAUGUAUCCAUACACAAAUAUUAAUGAACACUUAAGUUGUUUGUAACAAUAAUUUUGGGGGGUACUUGGACUGCUUGAGCCAUGGCUCCAGCCCUAUAACCAUAAUUUUAAGCCCUGCAUAGUCACCCAUUAAGUAGGUCUAUCAUAAAAUAGUAACACUGUUGUGAGUAAUGAGUGCAUACAGCAUGUUCAUAUUUUAGGCAGUUUCAUUUGGAUACAUUUAUGAGGUUAUUUUUCUAACUGUGUGCAUAAUAUAUUUAUAUUUACAUUUUCUUUUAAAGAGACUUGAUUUCGCAUCAGUUGAGCCAGAAGUGAAGCCAUUUGAAGAGAAGUUUGGAAAAAGGAUUCUUGUCAAGUGCAAUGAUUUAUCUUUCAAUUUGCAAUGUUGUGUUGCUGAAAAUGAAGAAGGACCCACUACGAAUGUAGAGCCUUUUUUUGUAACUCUGUCCCUGUUUGACAUAAAAUACAACCGAAAGAUUUCUGCUGAUUUCCAUGUGGACCUGAAUCAUUGCUCAGUACGACAGAUGCUGGCUCCCACAUCCCCAACUCUGAUGAAUGGCAAGCAGAGCCCACCUGCCCGUCAGGAUGUCCUUCAUGCAGCCAUCAUGCAGUAUCCAAAGCAGGGAAUAUUUUCAGUCACAUGUCCCCAUCCAGAUAUAUUUCUUGUGGCCAGAAUUGAAAAAGUCCUCCAGGGCAGCAUAACGCAUUGCGCUGAGCCGUAUAUGAAAAGUUCAGACUCUUCUAAGGUUGCUCAGAAGGUACUGAAAAAUGCUAAGCAGGCAUGCCAAAGGCUAGGACAGUACAGAAUGCCAUUUGCUUGGGCAGCAAGGACGCUAUUUAAGGAUACAGCUGGAAACCUUGACAAAAAUGCCAGAUUUUCUGCCGUCUACAGGCAAGACAGCAAUAAGCUCUCAAAUGAUGACAUGCUCAAGUUACUUGCAGACUUUCGGAAACCUGAGAAGAUGGCUAAGCUUCCAGUGAUUUUAGGCAAUCUAGACAUUACAAUUGAUAAUGUUUCUUCAGACUACCCUAAUUAUGUUAAUUCAUCAUAUAUUCCCAUGAAGCAAUUUGAAACCUGUCCUAAAACUCCAGUUACAUUUGAAAUAGAGGAAUUUGUGCCCUGCAUACCGAAACACACGCAGCCUUACACUGUCUACAACAAUCAUCUUUACGUGUAUCCUAAGUACUUGAAAUAUGACAGUCAGAAGUCUUUUGCCAAGGCCAGAAAUAUUGCUAUUUGCAUUGAAUUCAAAGAUUCAGAUGAGGAAGAUUCUCAGCCCCUGAAGUGCAUUUAUGGCAGACCUGGCGGCCCAGUGUUCACCAGAAGCGCCUUUGCUUCAGUUUUACACCAUCACCAAAACCCAGAAUUUUAUGAUGAGAUUAAAAUGGAAUUGCCCACCCAGCUACAUGAAAAGCACCACUUGUUGUUCACAUUCUUCCACGUCAGCUGUGAUAACUCAAGCAAGGGGAGCACGAAGAAGAAGGAUGUUAUUGAAACACAAGUUGGAUACUCCUGGCUUCCUCUCUUGAAAGACGGAAGGGUGGUGACGAACGAGCAGCACAUCCCUGUGUCAGCUAAUCUUCCAUCUGGCUACCUUGGCUACCAAGAGCUUGGCAUGGGCAGGCACUAUGGUCCAGAAAUUAAAUGGGUAGAUGGAGGCAAGCCACUGUUGAAAGUUUCAACUCAUCUAGUUUCUACAGUGUAUACUCAGGAUCAGCAUUUACAUAAUUUUUUCCAGUACUGCCAGAAAACUGAAUCUGGAGCCCAAGCCUUAGGGAAUGAACUUGUAAAAUACCUUAAGAGUCUGCAUGCAAUGGAAGGUCACGUGAUGAUUGCCUUCCUGCCCACCAUCCUAAACCAGCUGUUCCGAGUCCUCACCAGAGCCACCCAGGAGGAAGUUGCGGUUAAUGUGACUCGGGUCAUUAUUCAUGUGGUUGCCCAGUGCCAUGAGGAAGGAUUGGAGAGCCACUUGAGGUCAUAUGUUAAGUAUGCUUAUAAGGCUGAACCAUACAUUGCUUCUGAGUACAAGACAGUACAUGAAGAACUGACCAAAUCCAUGACCACCAUUCUCAAGCCUUCUGCUGAUUUCCUUACCAGCAACAAACUACUCAAGUAUUCUUGGUUUUUCUUUGAUGUGCUGAUAAAAUCCAUGGCUGAGCAUUUGAUAGAAAACUCCAAAGUUAAGGUACUGCGGAACCAGAGGUUUCCUGCAUCCUAUCAUCAUGCAGUGGAGACUGUGGUGAAUAUGCUGAUGCCACACAUCACUCAGAAGUUUCGGGAUAACCCAGAGGCAUCUAAGAAUGCCAAUCAUAGCCUUGCUGUCUUCAUCAAGAGAUGUUUCACCUUCAUGGACAGGGGCUUUGUCUUCAAACAGAUAAACAACUACAUCAGCUGCUUUGCUCCUGGAGACCCCAAGACCCUCUUUGAAUACAAGUUUGAAUUUCUCCGUGUGGUGUGCAAUCAUGAACACUAUAUUCCUUUGAACUUACCGAUGCCAUUUGGAAAAGGCAGGAUUCAAAGAUACCAAGAUCUCCAGCUUGAUUACUCGUUAACAGAUGAGUUCUGCAGGAAUCACUUCUUGGUGGGACUGUUACUGAGAGAGGUAGGCACUGCCCUCCAGGAGUUCCGGGAGGUCCGUGUGAUUGCCAUCGGUGUGCUCAAGAACCUGCUGAUGAAGCAUUCUUUUGAUGACAGAUAUGCCUCAAGGAGUCAUCAGGCAAGGAUAGCCACUCUGUACCUGCCACUGUUUGGCCUGCUUAUUGAAAAUGUUCAGCGGAUCAAUGUGAGAGAUGUGUCACCCUUCCCUGUGAACCUGGGCAGUAUUAUGAAGGAUGAACCCCUUGCCUUGUCAGCUGGGAACCAACUUGUGACGCCACAGAAGGGAAACACUCUGGACCACAGCCUGCACAAAGACCUCUUAGGAGCCAUCUCUGGCAUUGCUUCUCCAUAUACCACUUCAACACCAAACAUCAACAGUGUGAGAAAUGCUGACUCCAGAGGGUCUCUCAUAAGCACAGAUUCGGGCAAUAGCCUUCCAGAAAGGAAUAGUGAGAAGAGCAAUUCCUUGGACAAGCAUCAACAAAGUAGUGCUUUGGGAAAUUCUGUGGUUCGCUGUGACAAACUUGACCAGUCUGAGAUAAAGAGCCUACUAAUGUGUUUCCUGUACAUUUUGAAAAGUAUGUCCGACGAUGCUUUGUUUACAUAUUGGAACAAGGCUUCAACAUCUGAACUUAUGGAUUUUUUUACACUAUCUGAAGUCUGCUUGCACCAGUUCCAGUACAUGGGGAAGCGAUAUAUAGCCAGGAACCAGGAGGGGUUGGGACCCAUAGUUCAUGAUCGAAAAUCUCAGACAUUGCCUGUUUCCCGUAACAGAACAGGAAUGAUGCAUGCCAGAUUGCAGCAGCUGGGCAGCCUGGAUAACUCUAUCACUUUUAACCACAGCUAUGGCCAUUCAGAUGCAGACGUUCUUCACCAGUCCCUCCUGGAAGCCAACAUUGCUACUGAGGUUUGUCUUACGGCCCUGGACACCCUUUCCCUGUUUACACUGGCAUUCAAGAACCAGCUCUUGGCCGACCAUGGACAUAAUCCUCUCAUGAAAAAGGUUUUUGAUGUCUACCUGUGUUUUCUUCAAAAACAUCAGUCUGAAACGGCUUUAAGAAAUGUCUUCACUGCCUUAAGGUCAUUAAUUUAUAAGUUCCCCUCAACAUUCUAUGAAGGGAGAGCAGACAUGUGUGCUGCUCUGUGCUAUGAGAUUCUCAAGUGCUGUAACUCCAAGCUGAGCUCCAUCCGAACCGAGGCAUCCCAGCUGCUCUACUUUCUGAUGAGGAACAACUUCGACUACACCGGGAAGAAGUCCUUUGUCCGGACACACUUGCAAGUCAUCAUUUCCGUCAGCCAGCUGAUUGCAGACGUUGUUGGCAUUGGGGGGACCAGAUUCCAGCAGUCUUUGUCCAUCAUCAACAACUGUGCCAACAGUGACCGGCUCAUCAAGCACACCAGCUUCUCCUCUGAUGUGAAGGACUUGACCAAGAGGAUACGCACAGUCCUGAUGGCCACAGCCCAGAUGAAGGAGCAUGAAAAUGACCCAGAGAUGCUGGUGGAUCUCCAGUACAGCCUGGCUAAGUCCUAUGCUAGCACCCCUGAGCUCAGGAAGACAUGGCUUGACAGCAUGGCCAGGAUCCACGUCAAAAAUGGGGAUCUCUCAGAGGCAGCAAUGUGCUAUGUCCACGUCACAGCCUUGGUGGCAGAAUAUCUCACACGGAAAGAAGCUGAACUUGCACUCCAGCGGGAGCCACCUCUAUUUCCCUACAGCCAUAGUACCUGCCAGAGGAGGAACCGGGGAGGCAUGUUCAGACAGGGAUGCACAGCCUUCAGGGUCAUUACCCCAAACAUCGACGAGGAGGCCUCCAUGAUGGAAGACGUGGGGAUGCAGGAUGUCCACUUCAAUGAGGAUGUGCUGAUGGAGCUGCUUGAGCAGUGUGCAGAUGGACUUUGGAAGGCAGAACGCUACGAGCUGAUCGCUGACAUCUAUAAACUCAUCAUUCCCAUUUAUGAGAAGCGAAGGGAUUUUGAGAGGCUAGCCCAUUUGUAUGACACGCUGCACCGGGCCUACAGCAAAGUGACCGAGGUCAUGCACUCAGGCCGCAGGCUUCUGGGGACCUACUUCCGGGUAGCCUUCUUCGGACAGGGAUUCUUCGAAGAUGAAGAUGGAAAGGAGUAUAUUUACAAAGAACCCAAACUCACACCUCUGUCAGAAAUUUCUCAGAGACUCCUUAAACUCUACUCAGAUAAAUUUGGUUCUGAAAAUGUCAAAAUGAUACAGGAUUCUGGCAAGGUCAACCCUAAGGAUCUAGAUUCCAAAUAUGCCUACAUCCAGGUAACUCAUGUGAUCCCAUUCUUUGAUGAGAAAGAAUUGCAAGAGAGGAAGACAGAGUUUGAAAGAUCACACAACAUCCGGCGCUUCAUGUUUGAGAUGCCCUUUACCCAGACGGGGAAAAGGCAGGGCGGGGUGGAAGAGCAGUGCAAACGGCGCACCAUCCUGACAGCAAUCCACUGCUUCCCUUACGUGAAGAAGCGAAUUCCAGUUAUGUACCAGCACCACACCGACCUGAAUCCCAUUGAAGUGGCCAUUGACGAGAUGAGUAAGAAGGUAGCUGAGCUCCGGCAGCUGUGCUCCUCGGCCGAAGUGGACAUGAUCAAACUGCAGCUCAAACUCCAGGGCAGCGUAAGCGUCCAGGUCAAUGCUGGUCCACUAGCAUAUGCUCGAGCCUUCUUAGAUGACACAAACACAAAAAGAUAUCCUGACAAUAAAGUGAAGUUGCUGAAGGAAGUUUUCAGGCAAUUUGUGGAAGCUUGUGGUCAGGCCUUAGCAGUCAAUGAACGUCUGAUUAAAGAAGACCAGUUGGAGUAUCAGGAAGAAAUGAAGGCCAACUACAGGGAAAUGGCAAAGGAGCUUUCUGAAAUCAUGCAUGAGCAGAUUUGCCCCCUGGAGGAGAAGACCAGUGUUUUGCCGAAUUCCCUUCACAUCUUCAAUGCCAUUAGCGGAACUCCAACAAGCACAAUGGUUCACGGGUUGACCAGCUCGUCCUCAGUUGUGUGAAUUUGCCUCAUGGACCAAAGUGGGGACUUGCUUUGUCAUUUGUAAACUCAGGAUGAUUCCCAAAGCUAAUUACUGGGGAGACCGAGCACAGGGAGAAGCCAUGGGGAAUGGGAGAGAAGAAGGACUGUGAGAUUUCACAGCAGAUUUUCUAUAGGAGUUGAAAGAGGGGGCACAUAUUUUUUUAAGUCUCACUGGCAAUAUCCAGAGUUUUCCUUGCAUCUUAACAGAGGUAAGUGGUGGACACUGUUAAGCUGAAGUUAAAUUUUGUUCUUCAUUACAGAGUAGUAGUUAAAAAAAAAAAAUGUCCUAAAGACAAAAAAAAGUGUUCCAGAAUGUACCUAGCAGGGACAGCAGCACUGAAACUGGGGCUGGAGGACCUUCUGCCUCCAGGCUAUGCUGGAAAAUCUUGAAAAUACUAUUUUUUUCCUGUGGCACAUUCAGGUUGAAUAUAAGAACUAUUUUUGUGACUAGUUUUCGAUGACCUAAGGGAUCUGACUGUUGUAAUUUUUGUACCAGUGGAUGAGGAGAUGACUGCUUUUAUACUUAUCCCUUGCAUUUAAAACAUAGGAAAGCUUAAGGAACUAUGUGAAGCCUAAAGCUAGUCAACAGUUUAGAACCAAAGGCCUGUACUAACAAACAGUUCCGCUAAACAGUAAAGCGUAGUACAGCUAUCACUGUGUACACACUGUUUGUUAAUACAGCCUCGGCAUCGUGUACAUACAUGUAUUACAUUUCUACAUUUUUAAUACAUCUGCUUAUGCAGUCAUUAAGUUUAAUUGUGACAAAUUUGUGCUGUUCGUAUAGUACAUGCAAUACACUGACUUUACUGUUUUAUUCUUGUACAUAAAAAGUGCAAUAUGAAGAUGUAUACAGUCUUUGCUAUAUUAAGGUUUAUAAACUGUCAAAAAUGUCAUCCUUUUGCCAAAAUGGUAGAAUAUGUGAUUGAUAAAUCAUAAAAACUUUGGGGGUGGUAUACAUUAAAGCUCUUACCAUGUUAUAUUUUCUUUUAAGACAUUAAUUUAGUAAUUUUAUAUUUGGGAAAAUAAAGGUUUUUAAUUUUAUUUAACUGGAAUCACUGCCCUGCUGUAAUUAAACAUUCUGUACCACCUCUGUAUUAAAAAUAACAUUGCUGAUUUUCUGGUAAUGGACACUGGGUAUUUAUUUUUGGAUAAUCCUAUACUGAAAUACUUUGAGGUGAAAAAACAUGGUAUCUGAAAUUUUCUUUAAAAUAUUGGAGGAAAAGAAAAAAAAGAUAAACAUAAAACAAGAUUGACAAAAUAUUGGUACUUGUUGGAACUGAGGUUGGGUGCAUGGGAAUUGUAACAGCAGCUUCUCUGCUUUUGUGGAACUGUCAGUGACCCAGAUUUCAACAGGCAGGUCUAAGGGUCUUACUCCAGAGCACUUGGGUGAAUGCUUUCUUGUCCCACUGUCUGGCUCUGAAUUGUCCCAGUUAUUUCCAGGUGCCUGAAGUCACCUUGUCACUCUUAACUAUAUUAAGGCUUCAGUCUUUAUUGUCUCCCUUACUUGCUUUUGAGGUGAAUAAUCUGAGGUUAAGGUGGUUACUUAUCCCAGCAAUGAAUAGGCAGCCAUGAGUGGCACACGCGUGUAGACACACACACACACACACACACAGUGCCACACAUUGUCCCAAACACUGGACUGAGAAAUAGCGAUGGCUCAGAUCAUAGGUGCUGGUCCUGCCUCUGAUGUGCCCAGUGGUGCAGGCAAAUGAGUCAACUCAUUGUCACUCCAUGCCAUAUAGUUCCAGUGAUGGAAGGAGGAGGGUACUUUCUACAAGGAAUAAAACUGGUUUUUUCUACUUGAGUUGUAAAGACUUUUUACAUGACCUAUUAAGGCAAGGUAGCUUGUGAUGCCAUGUAUCUCUUGAGCACCAAAAGCCAAGGAUCUCAUGGUGUCUGAAACCUCUAUUUAUCAAUGGUAAGGUGAAAAGGUCUUGAAGAAAAGAUAGUGAAAGGACUUCACUGUUUCCCAGGGGCAAGGGCCCAUAUGUUAGGCCAUUCAGACUUAGAGCUUCAGAAAAGUCUCAGUGUAGGCUUGCCCAGGUCUCUGACAUCUCAGCCUAGGGUAAUAAACACUGACUCAAGCCUCAUUAGGAUAGGUUGAAAAAUCUGCCACUGAGCUGGAUUCCCUAGUCAUGUACACCUCAGUUAGGAGCCAUAAAAUUCAGGUCAUCCUGUAAUAAGAUAAGUAAAAGUCUCUAGAAGAAGAGUCCGUGAAAGAUAAGACUAAGUUUGGAAGAUGGCCAACUCUCACUCAUUACAACUCUGGAGAAAG